AUGAAUCUAUCAUUCCUUUCUUCAUCAAAAUUAAGAGAAAUAAUUGUUAACCCUAACAACCUAAAUAAAAACUUAAUUUGUGUGAUUUGUGAACAACUAGUUUGGGAUCCAAAUGAAUGCAGUUAAUGUUAAAAUAAUUUUUGUUCAAUAUGCAUAAACGAAUGGUUAAAGAAAAAAAAAAAUUGUCCAUUUGAAUGCACUAAAAGAAUGUAAUUGAAUGCUCCUCAUAGAAUAUUAAGAAAUUAAAUCUCUGAAUUAUAAGUAAAAUGUGUAAAUAAAGGAUGCCCUAAAGAAAUGUAGCUAUAAAACUUAGAGUCUCAUCUGAAACAAUGUGAAUAUAUAGAAACUAAAUGCCCAUAUCCAGAUUGUUUAUUUAAAGAUAGUUUGAUAAAAAUUGAGCCUCAUAAGACAUCAUGCGAACACAGAACUCGGGUUUGCUAGAAAUGUCUAGAAACUUAUAAAGUUAAAGAUAAUCAUGAUUGUUUAGAUAUAGUGAUAAAAAAAGUGAAAAAAUAGGAGGAUUAAAUCAAUAAAUUAUUAAGAAGACUAGAUUGUUUAGAGGAGAAUUAAGUUUUAUUGGAAUCAAAAAUUCUACUUUAACAGAGAAAUUCUAAAAAAUGA